AUGGCUCAAUGCCAAGAAAUUGUGGACAAGUCGAAGCCCAGUGCGAAGGGUCACUGUACUGGGAGUGCUCAAGACUUCGCCAAUGAACACAUCACCGGAGGUUGGAGACCCGGCAUGGACCCGAAGGUCGACUAUUCGGGCCAUUUCGAGUUCGGCGGUUCCUUGGGGAACCUUGCUGCGAUGAUUGGAUUCCCUCUAUUAAUGUAUUACAUGUGGAUUGGGGCUACCUUCUAUGAUGGACAACUACCGCUCCCGGAAAAGGGCCAGUCUUGGGCUAAUUUCGCAGGGCAUCUAUUCGAUCUCGCGUACGACUAUGCGUUCCCAAGUCUUAGGGCAUGGAAGAUCUACUGGGUCUACUAUAUCUUCGAGGCGGCAUGUUACAUUUUCAUGCCCGGCUUCACCUGUUACGGAAAGCCCUUACUACACGAAGGUGGAAAACAGCUGAAAUACCACUGCUCGGCCUAUACCAGUUUCUACCUCACCAUUGUGGUCAUGGGCGUGCUGCACGCCACCAACCUCUUCCCGAUCUAUACCUUUCUCGACCUGUUCGGCCCCAUCAUGUCCGUCGCAAUCAUCUCUGGCUUCCUUGUCAGUUUUGUCGCGUACUUUUCCGCCUUCGCGCGGGGUGCCCAGCAUCGCAUAACCGGCUACCCGAUCUACGACUUCUUCAUGGGCGCGGAGCUGAAUCCCCGACUAUUCGGCAUCCUCGAUUUCAAGAUGUUCUAUGAGGUGCGCAUCCCAUGGUUCAUCAUGUUCGGACUCAGUAGCGCCGCCGCAGCCCGCCAAUACGAACAAUAUAGCUACGUCUCCGGCGAAGUCCUCUUCCUGGUCAUGGCAUAUUUCCUAUAUGCCAACGCCUGCGCCAAGGCUGAGCACCUCAUCACUACUACGUGGGACAUGUAUCAAGAGAAACUCGGCUUUAUGCUCAUUUUCUGGAACAUGGCUGGUGUACCUAUGUCUUACUGCCACUGCGUCUUGUACCUCGCGAACCGUGACCCCGCCACCUAUGCGUGGAACAAAUACGCCCUGACGGCUCUCUUCAUUUCAUAUCUCUUUGUCUACUAUGUUUGGGACACAGCGAAUAGCCAAAAGAACUCCUUCAGAAUGAUGGAGCGCGGCACAUUCGUGAAACGCAAAACGUUCCCGCAACUUCCUUGGCAGGAGGUCAAGAACCCCAGGACCAUCCCUACCAAGACGGGUGACAAGAUCCUGGCGGAUGGAUGGUAUGGCCUGGCGCGCAAGGUGCAUUAUAGCUGUGACAUGUUCUUCGCGUUGUCGUGGGGCCUUAUUACGGGGUUCGAGAGCCCGUUUCCUUGGUUUUAUCCGGUGUUCUUUAGUGUGAUGAUUGCCCACCGGGCGAGGAGAGAUAUUAAUAAAUGCCGGAGAAAGUAUGGUGACGCAUGGAGGGAGUACGAAAAGCAGGUGCCAUAUCUCUUUAUACCGUACGUUAUUUGA